AUGAACCCGAGCGCCCUGGCCGAGGCCAUCUUGGCCCUGCAGCGCCGCCCGGUCAUCCCGCAACUCCCCCUCGGCGUUCAGCGCAAAAUCUCGGAACCUAUACUCCCGCUGUCCGACCCGCUAGUCCAUAUGAAUUCCCUCACCUACUUCCAAAUUCAAAUCGCCAUCCAGAACAUGCAACAGCAAAAUAUUUUGCACACCUCCAACCCGAACCCCUUGGAGAUCCCGGUGCUCUCCCAGUCGGGCCUUGACUCGGCCGCCCAGGUCAUUGGCCUUACUGCCAACUUGAUAAAUAAUGUCAUCUCAAUGACCACCAACAAUGGCACCAUCGGCCAGUUGGCAAACCACCCGAACAUGCAGGCCCAGGCCGCCAAGCUGAUGCACUCGUUGCACAGCCUUUUUCUUGCCGGCAACUCUGCAAACGAGGGUCACCAAGCCGCCCUCCUGGCUUCCCUACUAGAAAUGCCGGGCGGUCUUCAAAAUAUUUCACUACUCGGCAAUAUUCUGAAGCCCCAGCUCAUCCCCCAACAAAUUCAACCCCAAGUUCAACUACCAGCACCCCCUCCACCCCCUCCGGCCCUUCAGCCCCCUCCGGUGAUACCCCGGAAAGUCGAGCGCUCGGAAUCGCGCCGGAAACGCGGACACAUCGAGAAAAUUGUCCAAAACCCCAAGCGCCACUCCCCCGAGAACAAGGAGCCGCAAAAUGGGGCUCAGGUCCUGCAAGAAAUCCCCAAAGAAACCGUGCUGCCUGCCCACAUGGCCUCCCGUUUCGACCAGAUCUUUGACGAGAUCUACGGGCCGAGCACCGACGACGUGGUGGAGGUGAAGGACGAGGUGCUGGAUGUGGAGGGAGAGGCGGAAAAGGAGACCGAGAACCGCAACCCCCGCCUGAACGUCUUGAGCAUCUCGGACUCGUCGGCUUUCCGAAAGGUUUCCAAGGGUCCGGAGCCCGUGGGGGAAGCCAAGCCGAUUAAUGAAGCUCGAAAUUCGACCCCCGAUGGUCGGGUAGAUGACCUGGACGGGGCUUUAUUGGAGCGGAUUGCGAGCCUUGGACUGGCGCAUUUUACUGAGUCCGGACACCCGCGACAUUUGGACGAGAAGCUCAGCUGCGACUGGCGCGGUAAUGUGAUCCUGAAGCAGGCGGAGGCCGAGGUGGAGAUGUACCUACUCCGCGGAGAUCUCGACUACGUUCGGAGGAUGAUCGGCGACUGGCGCAAGAUGCAGAACCUGUGCAUCCGGAUCAACCAGCGGAUGCGCAUGGACGACGUGCACGUGAACGAGACCGUCCGAAAGAUGCAGCUAGCCGACGUGGCCGUCCUGCUCUGCCUGCCCGUCGGCGAGACGUUCGACGAAUUGGCCAGUCAGCAGUCGGCCUUCUCCGCCCAGUUCGUCGAGUAUCUGCGCAGCAAGGCUGUGGCUGGCGUGGCGAACGUGCCGCAAACGGAGCAAUCUUCCGUGUGCAUGGCCCAGUUCUUCCCGCCGUCCGAGUUUGCCGACUACUACCUGAAGAGCCUCAGCAAGGAGUACUUUGACCGGAUUCAGCUGCGAAAGUUGAGCUACCUCCUCUGCGUCGUCUGCCCGGAUGAA